AUGAUUGCAGCGUCCAUACUCAUUCUCGCCGUGGAUUUUGGAUUCUACUUGACUGCCGCCCCCCAAACCAAGAUCUUCGAGAAUAUUGUCUGCCGGAAUUAUCUGACUACUUUUGGCGACCCAGCAGACACAGUUCCAGCCGAAGAAAUCUGUAAGUCUGAGCCGGUGCAGAAGACAUCCGACGUUUUACCAGGCAUUCUGUUGUCUGUCCCGUAUGGUGUGUUGGCGGACCGCUGGGGGCGCAAACCGGUCCUCCUUCUUGGUCUUCUGGGAACCCUCCUCGGGGAGCUUUGGGUCCGCAUCGUGUGCUUUUAUUCCACUGUCUUGCCACUGCGGCUGGUCUGGCUGUCAGGAAUGUGGAGGCUCAUUGGCGGUGGGGACAUCACCCUCUCAUCUAUUGCUCUGGUUAUGGUAGCGGACCUGUUCUCCGAGGAAGAGAUAGCCACAGCCUUGUUCCGCCUGACCAGCAUUGUGAUUGUGUCCGAAGUCCUAGCCACCCCAGUCAGUGCAUAUCUAAUGACUCGUGAUCCAUGGCUGCCAUUCAUGCUCGGACUUGGGGUUGCCACUCUCGGAUCAUUGGCCGCAUUUCUCAUGCCAGAAACCCUGAACGACGCCAAAUCAAGAAUUAACCCGGCGACUGUGACCAGUGAAGACGACACACGGUCGUCUCUGGACGGAAAGACCUCGGUGAGGCAGUAUAUCAAGGGCAAACUUCAGGACCUUCAGGACUCGGCCAGGUUGAUGAUCGGCAGCCCAGCCAUCGCCAUCUGUCUCUUUGCCCUGUUUGUCACGUCCAUCAGCAAGCAAUCAACGAGCCUCUUGUUGCAAUAUACGUCGAAACGGUUCGGAUGGAGUAUUGCCGAUGCCAGCCUCCUCAUCUCCUUGCGCGGUCUCAUCGUACUCGCAAACUAUCUACUUAUCAUGCCAGCCUUGUCCUUCCUACUCGUCCGGUAUUUCAAACUUUCCGCCUCGCUGAAAGACCUACUCUUGGCACAAGGAAGUAGUUGCGUCUCCGCUCUUGGUUUCUUUGUCAUGGCCACCGCCGCAUCACGGGCCAUUCUCAUCCUGGGCAUUGUGCUGUUCUCGUUGGGGGCUGCCUUCGCAGUGUCAUGCCGCAGCUUUGUCACCUCGCUGGUCCGGCCGGACCGCGUGGGAACUCUCUAUUCGUCAGCUGCAGCUAUCACGUCAUUUGGGAUGGUGAUUGCCAGUCCACUGCUGGCUUACGCGUUUCGGUUGGGUCUGCGUCUAGGGCCCGCAUGGUUCGGGCUGCCAUUUCUUUUGGCGGGAGGAAUGUAUCUUCUUGGUUCCGUGUCCCUGCUUCACCUGAGGGUACCUGAUAGAGUUCAUGAAGAGUAGCG